UAUUUCCACACACUUACUAAGCAUUUACACAGUACACGUCUUGUCCAUAUUUUUUUUUUUGUUAAUUUUAUUGUUUUUGUUUUUACAGAUAGUUUCAGCUAUAUAAAUUCUUAAUGUUUUAAGUACGCGCCAACCGAAGGAUGUACGUCAAGACCGAUAGCUUGUUUAAACGUCUCCUUAGCACAUUCAACAGAACGCUUCAUAAAUCAGCGAAUCCCAUAUUCUGUUAAGUUAACAGCUGUUCUAUGCAGUAGGGCCAGCUCCAAGAAAUACUGAAAUCCGCCGAAGGUAAAAUAAGUUUUUGGCAUUUUCAAACGAGUAGAGAAAAUUGUAUUAAACGAAAAGUGUAAAAACGUCGACAACGUCGCAAAGUGAAAACCUUAAAAUUUUAAGAAGAGUUGCUGCUGCAUACUAAUAAAAAACGCUAACAUGAAUGAGGAAUACGAUGCAAUAGUUCUCGGCACUGGCCUUAAGGAGUGCAUAUUAAGCGGCAUGCUUUCUGUUUCGGGAAAGAAAGUUCUGCAUAUUGAUCGCAACAAAUACUAUGGCGGCGAGUCGGCUUCUAUUACGCCGCUGGAGGAGCUCUUCCAACGGUAUGGACUGGAGGCGCCAGGCGAGAAAUUUGGGCGUGGCCGCGACUGGAACGUGGACUUGAUCCCCAAGUUUCUAAUGGCCAAUGGCCAAUUAGUGAAACUUCUGAUACACACGGGCGUCACCCGUUAUCUGGAGUUCAAGUCGAUUGAGGGCAGUUACGUUUACAAGGGUGGAAAAAUUGCAAAAGUGCCGGUGGAUCAGAAGGAAGCUCUGGCAUCCGAUCUCAUGGGUAUGUUCGAGAAGCGACGCUUCCGCAAUUUCCUGAUCUACGUGCAGGACUUCAGAGAGGAUGAUCCAAAGACCUGGAAGGACUUUGAUCCCACUAAGGCCAACAUGCAGGGACUGUACGAUAAGUUCGGUCUGGACAAGAAUACGCAGGACUUUACGGGCCAUGCCCUGGCCCUGUUCCGUGAUGAUGAGUAUUUGAACGAGCCGGCUGUCAACACCAUACGACGAAUCAAACUAUAUUCGGAUUCGCUGGCGAGAUAUGGCAAGUCGCCCUAUCUAUAUCCGAUGUACGGAUUGGGCGAGUUGCCACAGGGCUUUGCCCGUCUCUCGGCCAUCUAUGGCGGCACUUACAUGCUGGACAAGCCAAUUGACGAGAUUGUGCUGGGCGAAGGCGGCAAGGUGGUGGGCGUGCGAUCAGGCGAAGAAAUCGCCAAAUGCAAGCAGGUGUACUGCGAUCCCAGCUACGUGCCCGAAAAGGUGCGCAAGCGUGGCAAGGUUAUCCGAUGCAUUUGCAUCUUGGACCAUCCGGUGGCAAGCACUAAGGAUGGCCUCUCCACUCAAAUUAUCAUUCCACAAAAGCAAGUUGGUCGCAAAUCAGACAUUUAUGUAUCGCUGGUCAGCUCCACUCACCAGGUGGCCGCCAAGGGCUGGUUUGUGGGCAUGGUCUCGACUACAGUGGAGACUGAGAACCCGGAAGUGGAAAUCAAGCCUGGCCUCGAUCUGCUAGAGCCGAUUGCACAAAAGUUUGUCACCAUUUCCGAUUACUUGGAGCCAAUCGACAAUGGGCUCGACUCACAGAUCUUUAUCUCGGAAUCGUAUGAUGCCACUACGCAUUUCGAGACCACUUGCCUGGAUGUUCUAAACAUUUUUAAGCGUGGUACUGGCGAGACGUUUGACUUCUCCAAAAUUAAGCACGAGCUCGGCGAUGAGGAUCAGUAAAUGGAAACGGUUCGGUUCUUUGGUGGAAGGGUGAAAGCGAGUUUAAAGCAGACAUGGGUCACGCUGUCAGGACCAUCUUUCAGCUCAACUACAACCAGCAUCUAUAAAUAUCUGCGUCGCUCUGCGGCAAUGACCCGAUAAAACAACAUGAAAAAGAAAACAUCAAAACAAAAGCGAUACAAAUACCCAAAAGAAAAAUUAAAAACAAAAUUCAAAGAAUUCAAAAAACAAACAAAAAAACAAUGCGAAAAAGAAAUGUUUUUCCAUCAGAUCAUAGGCGCAUAAUAUUUUUCUGUGUAUCGAAAUUUUAGACAUGUAAUAAAAAAAA